GAGUUAGUCACGUGACGAUCGCCUGCUCGGCCAAUUAACGCGCUCGAUCGGCACCAGCUGAGCGCCGUGUUGACGUUUGGUCGAAAAGUCGCCGAAUUUCGCCCCCCGAAGAGCCGAAUCUCGACGGAAAGAUGAGUUUUUUUGGCUUCGGCCAAGGCGCCGAAGUGGAGAUCGUGCUGGACAACGUGGACAACAGACGGACGGCCGACGUCAAGGGCGAGGACGGCAAAAAGGAAAAGCACUACCUCUUCUACGACGGCGAGUCGGUGGCUGGAAAGGUGAACAUAGCGCUGAAGAAAGCUGGUGGGCGGCUAGAGCACCAAGGGAUCAAGAUCGAAUUUAUCGGACAAAUAGAGCUGUACUACGACCGGGGCAACCACCACGAGUUCACGUCGUUACUGAAGGAGCUGGCGCCGCAGGGCGAGCUGUCGCACAGCAUCACGUUCCCCUUUGAGUUCCUCAACGUGGAGAAACCGUACGAGUCGUACUCCGGCUCCAACGUCCGACUGCGAUAUUUCCUCAGGGUGACCAUCGUCCGGUGGCUGUCGGACGUGGUCAAGGAGCUCGAGCUGGUGGUGCACACGCUCAGCUCCUACCCUGAGCUCAACAACAGCAUCAAAAUGGAGGUGGGCAUCGAGGACUGUCUGCACAUUGAGUUUGAAUACAACAAGUCGAGGUACCAUUUGAAAGACGUUAUUGUUGGCAAAAUAUACUUCUUGUUAGUACGGAUAAAAAUUAAACACAUGGAGAUUGCAAUCAUCAAGCGAGAAACAACUGGAUCUGGUCCUAACACGUUUACUGAGAACGAGACGAUCGCCAAGUACGAAAUCAUGGACGGGGCGCCGGUGCGGGGCGAGAGCAUCCCGAUCCGCGUCUUCCUGGCCGGCUACGACCUGGCGCCGUCGAUGAAGGACAUCAACAAGAAGUUCUCGGUGCGCUACUACCUGAACCUGGUGCUGAUGGACGAGGAGGACCGGCGCUACUUCAAGCAGCAGGAGAUCACGCUGUGGCGCAAGGGCGAGACGUCGCGGCGCACCCUGCAGCAGCAGCCGGCCUCGGGCACCACCAGCCCCAUGGCGGGCGCGCCCCUCGCCAACCCCACGCUGCCCACCUUCCGCUCGGCGCCGCCCCCCGUCGAACCCGAUGCACAGGACGCCCCUGAGCACGAGCAGGAAAUCGACGACGACGACGACCGAGAGUUCGAGGCCAGUCCGCUGCCCGUGCCUCCGCCCCCUGACGCCACCCCCGAAGCCCCCCGGGACGACGCGCCGACGCCCCCCGACGAACAGCCCUGAGCCCUCCAUCCUGACGCCCCCCUCUGUAAAUAGCAUUUAUCUCUCUAUCUCUCACUGAUGACCAGCGAGUCAGAAUCGGAUUUCCAGUUCGGAGCUGGGCCUCUUCGGCAGGUGGGCCUUUCCAUUUCCACCUUUCAUUUGCCAAUGUUUGCGUUUUUACAAAUUUCUCUCGAGGACCAACCUUUUUGGUAUUUUUGUAGUACUGUUUUGAACGGGAGCUCCCAAUUCUGAAGAAACGAAUCCUUCGGCGUUUACAAAAAUAAGAAUAUCCUGAGUUCUCUUAACUUUGUACUUUGUUCCAAAGGUUUCCAAUUGAGACAACCUACAACUUUGAAUUUGAAACUGAAUUUAAAUUCACACCAUCGAUCAGUCGCAUUUCAAAGAGUUAAAAAAUAUUUUAUAUUAAAGCAAUAACUCAUUUUGAAAUUUGAGGUAUUCAUUGAACUACUCUCAUUGAAGUCCAAUUUGAGGUCAUCGGUCAAGGUCAAAGGUUACCAAGGCUCAUUUUAGACAAUUUUCUGGUGUAUUUGGGAUUUGGGAUUUUUUUAAAAAUCGGAAACUACCCUUAAAUGCGGUCUCAGGGUACGUGUGAACUUGUGGGAUAACUUUCAGUUUUGGUUUUCAAAAAAUUAAAUUUUUAAUCUCGAAAAACCGAAAAUUUUCAAUUUUUGAAAAUGUGGCGGUUUCUAAGGGUAAGAAAUGCAAAAACUUGACACCAUUCAACUUGGCUUGACCUCCCCUGGUGAACUGAAUUGUUUUUGGGCUGCUCACCCCCAGCCUCUAUUCA